AUUUUAAGGUUUUUAAAAAUUUAUUGUAAAUUGAUGAGAAAAUUUAAAAUUAUUUAAGUACUAUCUGAAAAUGUCUUUGGAUAGACAAAGAAUAUUGAGUGAAUUGGGUAGUGUUAUGAACCAGCUUAAAAGUGCAGAUUGUGGCUGUAUGGGCAAGCUGUUUUCUAAUCAGAAUCAAAAUCAAGGUGCAUCUAUGGGCAGCCCAAUGCAAAGUUAUGGAGGUUGCAGACGGGGGUGUUGCCAUGGGCAUGGAUAUAAUAUGGGCACUCCCUGUGCUGGUGAGCCGUAUUCUAUGAAUCACUCCAUGAAUCGUCCCUGUAUGGGUCAUUGCAACCCACCAAAGCUUUAUGCUGACACCUACAACUAUCUGAACAACAAUUUAAUGCAACCAGUUGUAAAAGAAGUUUAUGAUGACCUCAAGAGUAUUAACCCUGGAAAUGCAGUUAUGAAUAGUCCUUUAGCAAAUCAGAUGGGCCUUUCACAAGGAAGUUCAGGUGCCACGAUGCAAGGUGAUGUUUCUGGUGGAUUUACAGGCGCGCAUAACAUGCCUGGAAUGGGAAAUACUAACCCUAAUACUAUGGCAAUGGAACAAUCACGUCAACCAAUGAACGCUAUGGGUGGUAUGGGCCCUCAAAUUAUGAAUAUGAUAAUGGGAGAUGGCAGUAGUAAGCCAAGUAACGCUCAAGGUAUGCAAGGUGGGCAAUUAAAAGGGCCUACAGUUAUUGACGCUCCCCAAUCUCCUCACGGUCAAGUUGGGAUUACGCCGAUUAAUACAUCUUUAGAAACACAUCAGUUUAGAGGAAACUUAGGUAACUCAUUUAAUCAACAAGGUAACAAUGGAGCCGGUUAUGGUCAAAACCCAACAACACAGUAUAUGACCCAGCUACCAAACCAAGGAAACCCAAUGAUGGGAAAUAUGGGCCAGAACGCUACGCCUCAAGGAUCAUCACAAAUGGGAAUGGUUUCAGGUAGCCCUCAAAUGGGCACUGCAAAUCCAGGUGCUCAACAAAUAGCACCAGCCGCUGGUCAAUAUGGCCAACAUACUCAAGGCGUAAUGAAGUUUAACGAGAUGUUCCCUGGUGUAAUGCAAGGUGGUGACUUGGGAUUCGAUCCCAUGGCGAUUGCUAUUCAAAUGAAUCCAGCUAAUCAGCAGAAGGCUGCCAUGGAUACUAUGCAAAAAAUGAUGACUAGUGGUCCGAUGAGUAGAGCUAUGGAUCCAUCAGUAAUGAAGCCUGUAAUGGACGCGACAAAAACUGCCGUACAAAAUAUAAAUCCAUCUAACACUGUUCCCGUUGAUCAGAACCAGCAAAACGUGUCUUAUGUUAACCAAACUGGUGGUCAACAAAUACUGAGUGGUCAACAGAAUAAUAUUAAUCCUCUACAAAAUACUAAUCAACAGUUUGUACCUGGUAACCAACAGGCAAUUAAUCAAAAUACUGGAAUUGUUUCUCAACCUCUUCAACAACAACAACAACAACAACUGCCAUAUCAACAACAACAAGAGCAAGUUUAUACAGCUGUCACAGGAGCAGUACCUCCUAAUCAGCAGCAAUUACAACAACAGCAAUUGCAAGGGUACCAACAACAAUUAAAUCCUAACCAACAAUAUCAACAACCACAGACUCAAUACAUUACGGAUCCCAAUACAGGAGCGGCUAUGACGCCACCUACAAUGCCCGGUGGAUAUAACGAAGGCAUGACGGAUCCGAAUGGUCAGAUGCAACCUUCGCCACCUGAACAGGCAGAUCCACAGGGUGCUGUUCCACCUCAGCCUAUGUAUAAAGAUCCAAUAUUCCCAGCAGAUACGUCAAGAAAUCGACCAUUUAUAUAUUCGAAGCCUGUGAAGCACUUAGAUUACAAUACACUAGGCCAGCCAAUUGAAAUGUUACCUGCAAAAAUGUUUCACCCACCGGAGCCUGGUCUUCCUCAGACUUUGUCGCCCCAACCUGCUACUAAGCUUCGUAAUGAUUACAUGAGAUAUAGUAAUGUAAAAUCCACUAUCAGUAAAACUUCUUUAAUGGGCAACAAGCCUGUCGGCAGAACUCCUAGCAGGAGUCAAUUACAGCAUAUCUACAAUCAGUACAAAGGAUCGCAAUCUUUCACGCAACAGAACGUGCGACCCCCUGUUCAAGGAGGGCGACCUCCUGUUCAAGGAGGUACUUUCUCUGAAGGGAAGUUAAAUAUCCCUCCGACCAAUAAUAAUCCUCCGCAGCCAGUGGUUGUGGAGAAAGUUGGAGGUGAUACUGCUGCGAAUAAUCAAUUGGCUAGUCACCAAAUAACCAAUAAAGCCCAGCCAAUGGGAUACAACAAUAUGGGAGAUGUACCAGUUCCAACCAAUAAGCCGCAGGGAGAUGCUCCGAUAAAGCCUUCGUCUCCUAUCCCUACUCGUCAAGCUAAGUUAAGAAAUGGAUUACAAGAUGUGGUUUACACUUCCUACCCUUCCUCGGCUGCGUGGUCUUUCCAUGGAACGAAUACCUAUCGUCCCAUCGCGUCUGUUGGUUACCGUUUUCGGAAUAUAAGGUAAAAUUGCGUGAAGAGAGUGAUGUGUUAGUAUCUUGUGAUGUGCAUUGAAAAACAUUAUUCAGUGUUUUGUGUGGAAAAUAAUUUGUGACACUAUUGUAAUUGAAUAAGUGGUUGGCGAAUCUUAUUUAUUGUUCGAGUUGUCAGAAUGUUACACAGAGAAAAAUGAAAUAAAUAUAUUGAA